CUUCUUCUAUCAUCAAUCGUUGAAUCCGAUUCGAUUUUGCCUCUCGUCCGGCUUAGCUUCUACGGUGGCAAUGGCGGCUCCGGGAUCGGUUCAGAAAGGAGAUGAAGAGUGGCGUGCGAUUCUUUCACCUGAACAGUUUAGGAUUCUUCGUCAAAAGGGCACUGAAUAUCCAGGAACAGGAGAAUAUGUCAACUUCGACAAAGAAGGAAUUUACGGUUGUGGAGGAUGUAAUGCUCCUCUUUAUAAAUCCACCACAAAGUUCAACGCUGGUUGUGGCUGGCCAGCUUUCUUUGAAGGAAUCCCCGGUGCCAUUACCCGAACGACAGACCCAGAUGGGAGAAGAACAGAGAUCAACUGUGCAACAUGUGGUGGACAUCUUGGUCAUGUUUUCAAAGGCGAAGGUUUCGCUACUCCAACCGAUGAACGCCAUUGCCUUCUGGUUACUUUCCUCAGUAGUAGCUUCUCCGUGGUGGUCAUGGCGGAUCCUGUGUCGGUGGUCCAAAAAACAGAGGAGGAGUGGCGUGUGAUUCUUUCUCCUGAGCAGUUUCGGAUUCUCCGUCAAAAAGGCACUGAAACUCCAGGAACUGGAGUAUAUGACAAGUUCUUCGAGGAAGGAAUCUUCAGCUGUGUCGGAUGCAAAACUCCUCUUUAUAAAUCCACUACAAAGUUUGACGCCGGAUGUGGCUGGCCAGCUUUCUUUGAAGGACUCCCCGGUGCCAUUAACCGAACCCCUGAUCCAGAUGGGAGAAGAACUGAGAUCACUUGUGCUGUGUGCGAUGGACAUUUAGGCCAUGUUCAUAAAGGAGAAGGUUAUGCCACUCCAACCGAUGAACGCCAUUGUGUUAACAGCGUUUCGAUCAAGUUUAACCCGGCCAAACCUUCCUCUGUAACCUGAGGACUGGUUGAUCGUACAAUAUCUUCAAAAUCAGAUCUUGUUGUUUAAGUCUUUGUCUCUCGUAGAAUCAUCAUCAUCAUCAUCAUGUAAGGAUCAAUGCAUCAGAUAAUAAGAAUCAAUUUGAUGU